GUCACCAUGUGGUAGAAAUAGGUUACUGCUAGAUUGCACUGGUUUUAAUGGGAGAGAUUAUGUAAUCCCACUGAAAAACAACGUCUGAUGCUGGUUUCACCGGAUGCCCACGUGAGCAAAGUCAGUGGAUGUAUUGCACCCCCUGGUGGACUAAAAGCUCCAAAGCAGCAGAUGAAGUUGAAUAGAGAGGCUAUCACAGAACCAUGAGGACAUCCCCUGAAUGAUCUGGGGAAGCAAGGUUUCCCUUACUGCAUUAUUUAAAGACAGGUUACCAUAUCUUAAGGUCCAAUCCAUUGUGUGAAAGCAUCCACCAGUACACACUAAAUCAGCUUGAUUUUGUGCCAGUGAGAAGAUAAAAGGACUCGGAGUGUCCCACCUUCCCGGGGAGGAUGAUUGACGUUUUCGGAGAGGACCGAGGUGGGACUUGCGCGCUCCUUCUUCUCCAAUCGUGGCUCGAGGGGGCGGAGGCUUUCCAUCCAUACUCUGAUUAUGAGUCAGUUACCAGACAUAAGCGAAACAAUAACAGUUGGUGGUUUACUUUCUAUCCUAAAGCUUCACAGGCAAGUUGAGUCUUAGGUGCGUUUUAGCGCAUCAAGCUCUCGAGCUGAUCGGAGGUUUCGUCUGUGGAACAUAACGCGCUCCACUUUUAAUCAGAUUAGGAGCCUUUAAUGUUCAAUCCUUUUUUUCCUUUCCUACAGUAGCGGUGCAGGAGUGGCCAAAGCCAAAAGCAGCGAUUCAGAUCAGAUUUCACCUAAACCAGCUGGGAGAGAAACCGAGAGAGAGAGAGAGGGAGAGAGAGAAGGAGAGAGAGAGAGCAGAGAGGGUUUGUCAGUCUCCCUCCUCCCAAAUCCAGAAAAUCUUACCAAGGAAAAAGGAGGAGUGUCGGGGGUGAGAGAGACGCAGAGGAAUCCAGAGGAAUUUCUGAGGAUAUUUUCCCCUUCUUCCCUUUCUUCUCCCAUUUUUUUAAUCGCACAUCAAAAUUUAAAAGUUGGAGGCGAGGCAGCGGGGACCGUGGUCAAGGAUGGACGAGCAGCCGCGGUUGAUGCACUCCCACGGGGUAGGCAUGGCCGGACACCCCGGCCUGGCGCAGCAUAUGCAGGAUGGCACGGCGGGGACGGACGGAGAUGGAAGAAAGCAGGACAUCGGAGACAUAUUACAACAAAUAAUGACCAUCACAGACCAAAGCUUGGACGAAGCACAGGCGAGGAAACAUGCACUGAACUGCCACAGAAUGAAACCUGCUCUCUUCAACGUCUUGUGUGAAAUAAAGGAGAAAACAGUGCUCAGUAUUCGCGGUGCUCAAGAGGAGGAGCCUCCAGAUCCUCAGCUGAUGCGACUGGACAACAUGCUGCUGGCGGAGGGCGUGGCCGGGCCGGAGAAAGGCGGCGGGUCGGCAGCUGCAGCAGCUGCAGCAGCAGCCACAGGCGGCGUCGGUGCAGACAACUCUGCAGAACACUCAGACUACCGGGCCAAGCUGACUCAGAUCCGACAGAUUUAUCAUACGGAGCUGGAGAAAUAUGAACAGGUGAAGGCGUGCAAUGAGUUCACCACCCAUGUGAUGAACCUGCUGAGGGAGCAGUCUCGAACACGACCCAUCUCGCCCAAAGAGAUUGAGCGCAUGGUCAGCAUCAUCCACCGCAAGUUCAGCUCUAUCCAGAUGCAGCUGAAGCAGAGCACCUGCGAGGCCGUCAUGAUCCUUCGCUCACGCUUCCUCGACGCCAGACGAAAGCGGAGGAACUUCAACAAACAGGCAACAGAGAUCUUAAAUGAGUACUUCUACUCCCACCUCAGUAAUCCUUAUCCCAGUGAGGAGGCCAAAGAAGAGCUGGCCAAGAAGUGCAGUAUCACAGUGUCACAGGUAUCAAACUGGUUUGGGAACAAGAGAAUCCGAUACAAGAAAAACAUUGGCAAGUUCCAGGAAGAGGCCAACAUGUACGCAGCGAGGACCGCAGUCAACGCCACCAGUGUCUCUGCUCAGGGCAGCCAGGCCAACUCGCCGUCAACUCCUAAUUCAGCAGGUUCUGCUGGCUCUUUUAACAUGUCAAACUCCGGAGACUUGUUCAUGAGUGUGCAGUCCCUCAAUGGGGACUCAUACCAAGGGGGGCAGGUUGGGGCCAACAUACAAUCCCAGGUGGAUACUCUUCGCCAUGUUAUCAGCCAGACCGGAGGAUACAGUGACAGCCUCGCAGCCAGCCAGAUGUACAGUCCACAGGGCAUCAACACAAACGGUGGCUGGCAAGAUGCUCCAACUCCUUCGUCAGUGACAUCGCCCACAGAAGGACCCGGGAGUGUUCAUUCAGAUACUUCCAACUGAAUAUAUCCAUUUCCACCCCUCAUCUCCACAUUAAAACAUGGACUGACCUUCUUAUUCACAGUAUUAAACAAAGGAAUUUACCGUCCCACAGUCUGGAGAGGUACUGUGAAAUCCUAACCAGAAAAAAAUUAAUCAUAUUUCCUCUGCGAAUAACUUUGGACAUUUGGGAUACAAACAAAAAGUUUCAAGAUAACAUUCAAACAACAGCAAUCAAUGAAGACGUUUGUACAGAUUUCACAUUAUAUGCAGAGGGCUGGGGUUACUUCUUUGCUCAUAAUGUUUUCACUCAUAAUGUUGAAAUGUUAUGAUAAAGUGAAUAAAUCCAAUCAUUGGUUUUAACUGAAAAUACUUCAUUCUACCUCUCAGCCACUAAAAAGUAGAAAAAUAUGUCAGUGACCAUUAUUUGUUUUGUAAAAAUGAAACUUUUGUCUUUGCAAGCUGGAGGCACAUCUUCUUACUUACAUUUUGUUGUCUCUCACCUAUUCUAUGGUACGCCAUUUAGACUUAAAUAUUGCUCAGUUGUUUACAAUGUGUGCUUGAUAAAAGUAUGUUCAUCUUCCCCACUGUCUCUGACGAGUCAAAACAGAGGAGAUUUUACCUCCAAGGUAACCCUGUGAAGUAUGUUAUCUGUAAAACAAUAAAGAAAUACUUGUCAUGAAA